UAAAGCGGCGGAGCUGUACAGUCUUAUCCUCACACACACAGACGCAGUAAUUAACAAAGUAAUUCAGUGUAAACAAAGUAAUUCAGUGUUUCGGUGUUGUAUAGUUUGGAGAUGUUUCAGUGCACUUCUAAUGUCAAGUGCAUGGAGGAGUUGAAUAGAGGAGAUGAAGAGGACAUGACAGUGGUCAUCUAUGAAGCUGCAGAAGAUUUUAGAGGCUACGACACAGAGAUGGAGAAGGCUGAUACAAAGAGUAACCUUCAAACUCAACACACAGGACUCAACGCUGCAUGUAGCAGAUGUUACACGCUGACUGCAGUGUGUGUGCUGCUACUGUGUGUUCUCCUGCUGACUGCCGUCACAGUGCUGUGGAUCAAAUUCAACAUCCUGAAUACAGAAAACAACCAGCUACAGACCAGAUACAACACCCUGACUAUAGAGAGAGACCAGUUACAGACCAGAUACAACACCCUGACUAUAGAAAGAGACCAGUUCCAGCAGGAUAACUCUGAACUGAACAGUGCGAUUUCAAAACUUGGAUGGAGAUUUUUCACCUCGAGCAUUUACAACAUUUUUACUGAAAAGAAGCACUGGGAUGACAGCAGAAAAUAUUGCACAGACAGAGGAGCAGACCUGGUGAUCAUAAACAGCAGAGAGGAACAGGAGUUCAUCAGUAAAUAUUUUGGCAGUACUGAAGCUUGGAUUGGUCUGACUGACAGUAAGACAGAGGGGGAAUUUAAAUGGGUGGACGGUAAACCACUGACCACUGCGUUCUGGUGGGACGGAGAACCCAACGAUUAUAGACACAAUGAGGACUGUGCUGUAACAGGCUAUAGUUAUGCUAACUCUAACAUAUCGACUUGGGCUGAUUAUCCCUGUAACCGCUCUGUCGUCGGGAUUUGUGAGAUGAAAAUAUUUAACUGAGCACACAGGGGUUGAAAAGUUUUAUGAUUGUUUCAUGUUGAUUUUAAUGCUUUCCUCAGAAUCUGUAUGGGAAAAAAAUCUCUGAGCCAAAGUGUGGAACAGAAAGAAAGUGGAGUUUCAUGCUUAGGUUGGGUUAAAUCUGAAUUUGAAUGCUGAAUAUUUUAUGUGAAUAUGAGUCUCAGAUUCCAUUGUUUGAGUUGCAUUCAGUGACCGUGACCUUGUGUAGUAAUUCCAGGAGGUCUUUUUUGUGGUUGUUGUUGUUGUUGUUUUUUUUUCUGGGGUGUCAAUUGUAGUUAAAGGGAUACUCCCUUUUGAGAAAAUCAAACAUCUAAUAUUUGAUACAUCAGCUGUAUAUAUGCCCACUUUCUGUCUCUAGAGCAAGAUUUCCCAGUUUGAAUAAUAAUAAUAAUAAUAAUAAUAAUAAUAAUAAUAAUAAUAAUGCAUUUAAGUGGUGAAAGUGGGACGGGUAGUUUGAAUUUGUGAGCAGCUGUUUGAAUUUUGUUUAUUUGUUUUUUCGAAUUUUGUUUUUUGUCUAACGGUACAGUAAGCUACUGCCACGAAGCUGAAAAUCUCAUUGAAAUGUGAGCUGUAAUUUUGCUGAGGUCGAGAGAAUAAAUUACUCCAGUGAAAGAAAUGAUAUUCAUAAAAA